AUGAAGUUCGUCCCCCUCUGGGCUCUCCUGAACCUGCCUGUUGUUUUGGCCUUUAAUCCAGAUUACAUAGUUGCUGACACUCCCCCCUACUUGGUCUACCUGAAAUCCGAUUACUUGCCCUGCGCCGGAGCCCUGAUCCAUCCUCUAUGGGUGGUCACAGCUGCACACUGCAACUUGCCAAAGCUUCAGUUGAUAUUUGGGAUUACAAUCCCAUCAGACCUCAGUGAAAGCCACCUGCAAGUGUUGGACUAUGAGAAGCUGAUUUAUCAUCCACAAUUCUCCGUCACUUCCAUUGACUAUGACAUCAUGUUAAUCAAGCUGCAAAGAGAAGUUGAACUCAACGACCAUGUGAAACUGAUCGACCUGCCCUACCAAGCUGUCCCUGUGAACACCAUGUGCAAUGUCUCCACCUGGAGCUACAACAUAUGUGAUGUGUCCACGGAGCCCGACUUACUGCAAACUGUGGAAGUUUCUGUAAUCUCCCGAGGUGAAUGUCGUAAUGCCUAUAAAACCUACGACAUCAGGGAGAACAUGCUGUGCGUGGGCAUCGUGCCAGGAAGGAGGGAGCCCUGCAGGGAAGUCUCAGCUGCCCUGGCAGUCUGCAACGGGAUACUUCAAGGAAUCAUGUCUUUUGCAGAUGGAUGUAUUUUGAGAGCUGAUGUUGGCAUCUAUGCCAAACUCUUUAACUAUGUAAACUGGAUUGAAAAUGUAAUCCAAAACAACUGA